AUGGAAUCAAUGGCUAUGUAUAAUCCGGAGCUGAAUCCGCUCUGGAAUGAUCUGGAUUGGGCCAUGGGCCAGUUAUUCUUUAUGGGUUGGGAGGGUACAGAAGUAACACCACAAAUAAAGUCACUCAUAGAGGUACAUCACCUCGGCGCCAUCUUGUUGACUGCCAAAAACCUUAAAACCGCCCAAGAAACUUCCAAGCUCGUUCAAGAACUUCAAACGAUUGCUCAUAAUUCAGGCCAUCCGGUGCCGCUUCUUAUUGCUCUGGAUCAAGAAAAUGGCGGCGUCAACAGUCUAUUUGAUGAUGACUAUAUAUGUCAGUUUCCUAGCGCCAUGGGCAUUGCUGCCACAAAUUCCCCCGAAUUAGCCUAUGAAGUUGCCAAUGCCACGGCAAAAGAAGUAUCAGCCGUUGGUGUCAAUAUGAUGAUGGGACCUGUGCUAGACGUCUUGACAAAUGCUCGUUAUCAACCGCUUGGAGUUAGAGCUGCGGGUGAUGAUCCUCAUGAGGUCUCUUUGUAUGGGAUCGCUGUGAUGAAUGGUUAUAAAAAUGCUGGACUAGUAACUUGCGGUAAACACUUUCCCUCAUACGGAAAUCUAGACUUUUUAGGGUCUUCUCUCGAAAUGCCCAUCAUCACUGAAACUAUCGAGCAAUUAAGUCUAAGUGCACUGGUUCCGUUUCGAAAUUCGGUUAGAGAGGGACUCGAUGCUAUGAUGGUGGGUGGUUGUGCAAUGGUGAAUGACACUAUGAAUGUUAUGCAUGCCUGUCUUAGUGACCAGGUUGUCGGAAAUCUUCUUAGGAAUGACCUCGGAUUUACAGGAGUAACGAUUUCAGAGUGCCUUGAAAUGGACUCACUAAGUCACGAUAUCGGUGUACGAGGUGGCACCGUCAUGGCAGUUGAAGCAGGAUGCGAUCUUCUUCUAUUCUGUCGCUCGUUUGCCGUACAGCAGGAAGCAAUAUCUGGCCUAAAGCUUGGAAUUGAAAAUAGUAUGAUCUCACGAGAGAGAAUCAUGAUUUCUCUUAAACGAAUUCUUUAUCUGAAGUCAAAAUGUACAGACUGGCAUCAAGCCCUUAACCCACCAGGCAUCAGUCUCCUAUCAACCCUACACCCAUCACACUUGGCACUCUCUACCCGGGCAUACGACAGUUCAAUCACAGUUGUCAGAGACCGAGACCAGAAUCUUACCGUUUUAAAUAAUCUAGAAGCAGAUGAUGAGUUGCUACUUUUGACGCCACUAGUCAAACCACUUCCAGCUUCUGCGGCAACCAAAGCUCUUUUAGAAACGGACCAUUCAGUACAAAGAGAACACAGUAAGUUGCUUCACCGGUCAUCUAUAAUGAGCGGCGAGGGGGUUUUUCGUGAACUUGGUCGCUCUCUCGCACGGCACCGUCACGGAAAGCUUCUCCAUACCUCAUAUACUGCGAAUGGUGUGCGUCCGGUACAUGAAAAUCUGAUUAACAGAGCGGCUGCUAUUAUUAUUGUAACCGCAGAUGCAAACCGGAAUUUAUACCAAAAUGGCUUCACCAAACAUAUUGCCAUGAUGUGCUCUAUAGUUGCUACCGGAGCUAAAAAGAAAGCACUCAUCGUAAUUUCUGUCAGUUCGCCCUACGAUUUUGCGUUGGAUUCCAAUAUAGGUACAUAUAUUUGUACAUAUGACUUCACUGAAGCUGCCAUGAGUGCUCUUGUUAGGGCAUUAUUUCGCGAAUUUAUUCCUCAAGGCACGUUGCCAGGGACCCUGCGGAAGAGUCGUAAAGGGCUCAAGUCUAAACAGAACUGGCUUGUAGAGAAGUGGGAUCGGGAUCGUGACUAUGAUGGCCUUCAAGCUCUUAUUAAGGCCGUGAAUCAAUCAGAUCAACCAAGCUGUCAGUCAGCUCUUUCGGGAGCAACGGCGUCAUCGUUUUUACUUGCUAGUAUUCCGGAUGCCGCAGAUUCUUUUGAAGAAAAUCAUUUUGUAGUCUGCAACUCCAGCACAGGGGCAUUAUUUGGAUUUUGCUCUACUUUCUACUAUCCUGAGUCCAAAUUGGGAGUCAUCUCUACACUUUUUGUAGAUCCCUGUAAACGGAAUCUAUCUAUUGGACAUUCCCUUCACCAAAGAGCCCUUCGCACUCUGUUGAGCAAGUCUGGCAUCAAGACACUUCGUCUCGGAGGAUCGUUACCUUGUAUCUUCCCUGGUGUUCCCAUGACUGACCUCACAGAAGGCGAGAGAGCGAAACGCUGGUUUUCAACGAAGGGUUGGGAAAACUCCACUCAGAAAUUAUUAUACACAUUGGCCUUGUGGAACAUGGCUCAAUGGACGCCUGUCGAAGAGGUAAUAAAAAACGUAAAACGGUUUAGUUUUGUAUUUGAUCUCAUCUUUGAGCAAGACAGUGCCGCCACUGUCUUGGAAUAUGUACAUAAACAUGCCGGACCCAUGGCUCUCGCACUUUAUCGACUUGCUCUAGCUGAUGGGAAUGGGGUCGUCCGUGCUAAAAGUCCCAUUGAUGGCAGUCUCGUUGGAACUAUUAUCAUUACACGCCCUAAAUCACAACUUUCAACUUUUGUCCCAGCCUUGAACGCAAAAUACGCUUCUUCGAUAACUAAAGAUAGUAUGGCAUCUGGUGUUGGUGUAGCAGGAAUUCUAGGUCCAGUGAUUUCUAGCAGCCCCCAGGCAAGUAUUGUCCUCCAGGGGCUCACUCUUUUAGGCCUACGGCAACACAUAUCUUAUGGGUUCAAUGCGUGCGUGCUAGUCUGGGUUUAUUGUGAUGCAAGGGAUAUUUUACUGGGCAUGGGGUUUGAGGUUAUAGACGCAUUUGAAGAGCUAAGCUGUGACGUAAAAGACAUGCAUGUGGAUUAA